AUUUCCAUAUAACCACUCUCACACUAAAUCCACAUUAUACAAUUAGAAAGUAGAAAAUUGUGAGUUACAAGUUUCAAUUUUUAGUAAGGUUGUUAAACUGACCCCACCAUAUUUAUAUCUUUACAAUUUCACCCCAAUGUCUUUUAUGUCAUUAGACAACACCCCAUAAAUAGUCUUCAAAAUAUCCCAUUUGCUUCUCUUUAGUAUUUGCUAUUUGGUCUUCUCUCAACCCCUCUCUCUCUCUCUGUUUCUCCUCGCCCUGUCUCUCUCUCUCUCUUCACCGCAAUUUCAGACAACAAAAAAUAUGUCACGAAGAGCAUGCAAAAGAGUAAGCUUUAACCCGAACCCAGAAGCCACAGACGAACCCAUAUUCCCAAAACACGACGGUUUAAGCUCGUCACAUCACAGCCGGAGAAGGGUGGUUCUCGUCGGAAUUCUCAGUUUUGGUCUAAGGAGCUCGCCGGCCGCGAGGAAAUUGAUCCAACGUAUUGGAGCAAGAUUCGCCAAAACGCUGCGUUUUAUUUCCUUCAGAAGAAAUACUACUGAUAGAAGAAAAACGUCAUCGUUUUUGUUGCCUUCGUCGUCGUCGUCUUCUUCUUCGUCAGCUAUUUAUAUGAAGAGGUCAAAGUCUGUAAACGAGACAGAGUCUCAUCGAGCAGAAGCUAUUGAAGAUUGCAUUGAGUUCUUGAACUCUUCUUUUCCUCUGUCGAGAUCAAACUCAGUCUCAACGUGGUCUUCUUCUUGAUUUUACCCGGUUUGGAUUUGCGUCCGGUCAAACAGAGAGCUCCUAUUCUCUGUUUUUUUUUUCUGUAAUGUUAGAGAAUUGUAUAGGAGUGUUUUAAAUUUCUUAUUUUCGAUAACAGAAAUAUUUAUCGUUCUUGACUAGAAAUGGUUAUUCUUGAUCUUCUUUUCAAAAUUCAUUGAGCAAACUAAGGUUUUUACAAUAAAAUAAAAUAUCACACUGUUUUUAUUAACUUUCCAUUGUUUUAAACAAGUUACGUUGAUAUUUUGUAACCGACCAAAA